AUGAGUUCAACUUUAAACGAGUCGAUGAUAGACACUAACCAACGGGCCUCAGCACAUGCAGUGAAGAUUCCUGGCCUUAUCUUCUGCAGCGGGCAAACCCCUAUGGACAGUACAGGCACCUUGGUCCCAGGGGACAUCAAAGCUCAAUGCAUCUCUAACUUGACUGACGUGUUGAAAGCCGCUGGUUCGUCAUGGGACAAAGUGGUGAAAGUGAACAUUUACCUCAAGAGCAUGGGUGACUUCGCAGCCAUGAACGAGCUUCUCCCAGACCCUAAGCCAGCUCGUACAUGUAUCCAAGCUGGGGGGUUACCUCACGAUGUGGACGUAGAGAUCGAGGCGAUUGCUGCAGUUUGA